UGGGCGGCGGGGCGGCGGCGGCAUGAAGGGGCGGCGGGCAGCAUGGCGGCGGCGGGCGGCGCGGCACGGCGGGGGCUGCUGAAGAGGAAGCCCAACUUCACGCUGCAGGAGAUCGAGAUCCUGAUGAGCGAAGUGCUCCGGUACGAACCGCUGCUCUUCGGAGCCGCCGCCAGCACCGUGAACGCCUACGAGAAGCAAAAGAUCUGGUGGCGCAUCACCAAUAAGAUCAACGCCGCCGGCCGCAAUCAACGCGACAUCGGAGAGGUGAAGAACCGCUGGAGGGGGCUGCGCCGCCGGGCCAACGAUAAGAUCACCCGGCACCGGCAGGAGCGGCAGGGACCGGCACCGCGACCCAACGCGAACCGGCACCACGGAGCCGCCGGAACCGGCACCGCGGAGCUCGGCCCAGGACCCGCGCCCGUAUGGGGACAGCGCGGCGGAGAAGCGGCACCGCUGCUCGGCGGGGAACGGGCGGCACCGCGCGGUUUGAAGGAGGAGGCGGUGAAAGAGGAACCGGUGGAGGUGAAGACGGAGCCCUUCCAUGACCCCACGGAUGGCGGCAGCGUCCCGGCACGACGGCAGCCCCGCAGCAGCACCCACACACCCGGCGAGGGCUGGAGCCCCCCGCAGCCCCCACAGCCCGACCUGGGGAUACAACCAGAACCUCCGGGCUGCGAUUUCCCCAGCAGCGUCAUCUUCGAGCCGGACACCGAACAGUUCAGUGACUGCAGCGAAACGGGGGGGACCCCCGGCACGACGGACGGGACCCCGGAAAGAAGCUCCCGGUUCAGCCCGGCCGAACUGCGCCUCAUCCGCUGCAACGAGCGGCUGGUGCAGGAGAUGCGAGCGUUCCGCAGGGAGUGCGCCGAGAGCCGCCGGGAGAUGGCAGCGGUGCUGCGCAGCAUCGCUCAGGCGUUGGGCGGCCUCAGUGCCAGCCUGGCCCAGAUCCGCGAGCGCUACCUCGGGGGGCACGCAGCCCCACAGCCCUGAGCCCCCCAACCCCCACAUCCGCUCGCUCCUCCCGCCCCCAUUUCGUGGUUUCGACUCCCACUUCAAUAAAACUCAGCGCUGGCCCCUCGGUUUCCCCCUCCCCAGGAUCGCUGCGGAUGGUUGAGGGGCUUUUUUUGUAUAGGAAAGAGAGGGUGGUGCUGAGACCCCAGAGCAGCAAAAACCCCAUAGAGCUCC